AUGCAGCCUUGCGCAUUUGCCCUUCUCGUUCCAUCUCUUUCUGUCCUUGUCUUAUCCCUUCCUUUGGCCACCGCCUUUACUGUCGUUGUUGUUGUUGUUGUUGUUUUUGUGUACGUCUGCGCCGCAGCUGGCACAGCCUUCAUGUUGGAUUCCAUAGAUAUCAGUUCCCGCGCGAGACCGGCGGCGGCCACCGCCACCAGCUGGUUUGAUGCGAUCAGCACAAACUUCCGCGCCGCGGCUGCAAAGGAGCGCGGCUAUGACCCCUUUUCCUUCGUCUCCUCGCGGCCCCCCGAGGCGACGGAGCUGACGCCGUCCACCAUCCGCUACAACGAAGACAGUGCCGCCUCGCCGCGGAACGAGUUUAGCGCCGGCCAGUCGCCCGUCGCGCCGGCGCAUGAGGAGCUCCGGGACGAGCCGACGGACGUGGCGAGCAGUGAACCGGCCUCGCACGGGGAGAAGACGCCGGUGAUUCAAGCGAGCACCGCCGCGGCAACCUCGCAGCGCACCCGGCACGUUGACCUGUACGACGACGCCAUGCGGACCCAGCUGGCGAAGCGGCAGUGGGAGGCGGUGGAGCAGAUGCGACAGAUGAUGCUGGAGAAGGCCAAGGUGGAGCGGGACUGCCCAUUUAGGCCGCAACUCUCAUCGUACGCGUCAAGGAUUCAACGCCCCGCCGAACUGGCGCCGCAGAACCGGGUUUACGAUGAGCUCCUGCGGAAGGAGGAGUGGCGGACGCGGAAGCGGCAGGAACACAUUAAGCAAGAGCUGGAGGGGUGCACGUUCCGCCCACUAACGUUGCGGGCCGCCAAGUUGAAGUCCUCCGCCCACACGCACGAUUCUCACAUCUUCAGUGAGCUCUACGCGCACGAGGAGGAGCGGAACCACUUUAUGCGGGAGGUGCAGCCCUACGUUGUGGAGCAGCUGGAGCGCCACAUGCUGUUUAAGAACCCGGCCGCCAAGCCACUCCCGGAGGACAAGAUCAACGCGGUGGUGGAGCGCCUGUUUUCGCGCAGCGUUGUGGUGCGCCCAGAGGAGGGCACGCGGCGGCGACCGCAGAGCACCUCCCCGACGUUUAAACCCACAGUGGGCGCCCAUUCGGCGCACAUUGUCGCGAAAAAGCGCGAGCUUGGAAACGUCGCAGAAAACGUGGUGGAGCGCCUUCUGAACCCGAGUGGACCACUGCGUCGGCAGGCCGCCACCAAGCAGGAAGCGGGGGAGUUGGAGCAGGUGCGAUCGGAGUACGUCCGUGGACUGCAGGGUUUGUUGCAGCGCGAGCACCGGCGGUCGGUUAUUGCGGCCAAGUUUGACCUGCUCUCGGACGCCAUAAACAAGGAGCGGCAGAGCCGUGAGGGCCCGCGGCGGUCCGCGGCGGAGCACAGUGCGGAGGAACUUGUGCGGGCCGCUGCGGUGGUGCUCUCAGCCGUCGAGGCGCAGGAGCUCUGCGGCAUCCUCGCCGCCGCCGGCGCGGGCAGGCUGAACAGGGACGGCUUCCUCGCCCUCUGCGCGGCUGCCGUGGAGGCGCACCCCAAUCCAGGCGCAAGUCCGCUCGCGCGGCUGCUUCCCCCGCGAGCUCUGACGAUGCUGCAGGGCCGUUUCACAGCCGCCGACAAUGAAAGCCAGGAAGGCGACGCAAGGCGCACGGCGCUUCUGCGUGAGCUUCACUCGCCGGAGGAGCUCGAAAGAAUACGCGCCCGGUGCGAGGAGCGCAGGCGGCAAAUGGCGGAGGAGGAGUACCAGAAGCGGCAGGCAGUGAUAGAGGAGGAACGGCGCCAGUGCACAUUUCGCCCACCUCCGCCGCGGCGGAUACCAAAAGAGUGCCACGUAAACCACAACGUGGCGGUGAAGCCGACCAAGGCAGAUGCCCUGCGUCGAGCGCACAUUCAGAAAACGCUUGAAGGGGAAGAGCACGCCGGAGGGGCGGCUGCGGCGCUGCCGCUGGCCUCUACAAAAGAACUCUUUGGUGCUGGUGCUGCCGCUGGGGCACAGGCAAAGAGACACAGCCCCCAAAGCGCGGCCGAUCGCUCUCUACUGGAGCCCUCCAAUGUUCGCACGAGGCCGGCCCUUGCGGCGCCAGCGGAGGCAGCAUCGCCCGCUGCAAAGGCACCCUUGAAGCGUCGUAGAGGGGAAAAAACACUCCGAAGCUACACCACCCACAGGGAGGGUGCUUCGGCGCGCAAAGGUCGUUCCUCCCGCAGUGCCCCAGCAGCCUCAUCUGAUCGCAGCUCGGAAGACGCCGCUGCCGCCCACCCCAGGCCCCGAAAGAUGCGGACGCGGGAGUCUGUUGCAGCAGCCGCCGCACCAUCGUCACUUGUGUAUCGCGAUGUCGUUUCCGAACACGCAGCCUUUGGCCGCGAUGGGGCCCUCUCAGAGUUUGGUCGAGAGCUUAUUCUACGACAGCUCCGAGAGUAUAGAGAUAGGCGGUAG